GGCUGCGUGCACCGUCUUUAAAUCGUAUUGAGAAAAAACACGCGCUUUCCCAUGUAUUACCCUGUUUAAAAAUUAAAAUAUUUGUUAAAGGAAACAAGGGUUAUAUUUUUUUAAUUUGGUGCUUGUCCUUUCAUAAGAAGAGAUGGAAAACUCCAAUUUUCCAUACAGCAGUGGAAUGACCCCACAUCAGAGCCCCAUGGUGUCUCCUGGGACAUUGCAAAGCUUUGGUCUCGGCCCGACGCCCACCCCAGUGAUGCCACCUUCAAAUUCCAGCAUGUAUCCCACCACUCCAGGGGCCCCCAUGACUCCAUUCUCUCCAGCACCUGCUUCAGCGUCAGAGGGCUCAGGCAUCAUCCCAACACUGCAGAAUAUCGUGUGCACAGUAAAUCUUGGCGUUAAACUGGAACUCAAGAAAAUAGCCCUUCAUGCGCGAAAUGCAGAAUACAACCCAAAGCGAUUUGCUGCAGUUAUCAUGAGAAUAAGGGAUCCUCGUACAACAGCUCUCAUCUUCAGUUCGGGGAAAAUGGUGUGCACAGGCGCAAAAAGUGAAGAUUUUGCUAAACUUGCAGCCAGAAAAUAUGCCAGAAUAAUUCAAAAGCUAGGAUUUGCCGCAAAGUUCAAGGACUUUAAGAUCCAGAACAUGGUUGGCAGCUGUGAUGUGAAGUUCCCCAUACGACUUGAGGGUCUUGUGCUGACCCAUGGAAAAUUCUCCAGCUAUGAGCCGGAGUUGUUCCCCGGACUGAUCUACAGAAUGCUCAAGCCGAGGAUUGUGUUGCUGAUAUUUGUCUCAGGAAAGGUGGUCCUAACAGGUGCCAAGGUCAGAAAUGAGAUCUACGAAGCAUUCGAGAACAUUUACCCCAUUUUGAAAGGCUUCAAAAAACAGUAGCGAUUGUGUUUUUUGUACAUAUGUAAAUAGAUUCAUUAUUUGGAAGCAUUUAAGUCAGUGAGAGGACUGAAAAUGUUAAAUCCACUUCACUCAGCGUGUGGGAUAUCCAGAAAGUGUGUUCUUGUGUUCCUUCAAACUGUUGUCAUUUUCUGAGUGUAAUGAUAGGAGGAGACUAUGACUGUGAGUGUAUGACAUAAUGUGUCUCUCAUUAAAGACUGGAUGUGUUCAUUUUGUGUAUAUAGGCGAGUUAAAAAUGCUGUGUUUACCUACAUGCUCAUUUUGCAUAUUAUUUGCAUACUAUUGCAUACUACUAGUUUAAUGUUUAAUUGUUUAAAAGAGCUAGACACCAGAUGGUCCAAAAAUUGGCAAAUACAGUAUUAUCUCAGGCCGAUAAUACAUCUCUUUACAUGGACAAAAUAAUAAAUGCAACAAUCAUGUUGCUGUCUCAUCCGUUUUUCCUUGUUUAAAAUAGCCUGUAAGUUUUUGACAAUUUUCUUUUUUUCUUGCAAUUGUAUCAUCUGGUGUCUAGCCCCUUUAACUGGGCUCUACGAUAUUAAACUGACCAAGACAUAAAUAUACAGGAUUUCACAUAUGCCAUCUUCAGUAAAUGAUACAAAAAGUUGCAAAAUAUAUUUCAAUUUUCAUUCUUAAAAGCUUUACUUACUUCAUAUUUUGUCAUUCAUUUGCUUUAAGGCAAUCCUUGUACAGAAUGUUUACAACACUCGAUCUAUAAGUUUUACACUUUGACUUUAUUUGAAGUUUAUUUAUUUCAGCUUUCAAUCUGACUUCAAUCAGUCUUACGAUCCAUGUUUUUAAAAGGGCUAUCUUUUCACAUCAACUACCACUGGCAUAUUUCUUUACUUUAGCAAGUGGUCUGCAAUCCACAGUAAACUGUGUUGAUUUCAAAGUCAGACAUGACAGCAAAUGUUUGUUGGAAAGAAAUGAUAUCAUUAACACACUAUAAGUAAAUCACUCAUUUGAAAUUAUAAAGAUUUUCAACUAACGAAGAAUGUCCCUUUUAUAUCCUUGGUGUACAUAGCAUUUCCCGGAAAACUUGAAUUUAGACAUGCAAUUUCUUUCUACAAUCUUUGCCACAAGGAAUGGAUGCCUUUGGUUAUUGAUAUAUGUCUUUUGUUUAUCUGAUCAGAAAUUCUGUAGUAGGAAUUUGCAAUAAUCAAUAAAAUGAUCGUUUGAUGUGGAAACCUUUAGUUUGUGUCCCUGUGAUCUACAUGUUUAAUUUGUAUUUAUAUUUCAAUCUGCAGUAGGUUUAACUACACAUGUUUGUACAUUGUAUGUAAUACUUCUGUAUAAAAUAUUGAUGUCAAAAUAAAUCAUGAACUGUU